AUGAGGUGUGGCACAUACAAUAUGACGCAUCUCGUAGCUGGGGUUUCAAGAUUUAACAAAUGUCCCAACCUCGGCCUUCUACGGCACUGUUGCUUCCUCGUCCCAGGUGAAACUCUCGAUCAAUAUUAUACAUAG